CAUUAAGUCAAUUUCUUCUCACAUUUAUUUGAUAUUUAUGUUAUACCCAUUAACCGAGAAAAAAAUACUACCUAUGUGGAUCAUAAAUCUAACAAAGCCUGAGUACCCUUAUCUAAGGCCUUUUUUUCUUGUUUGCAAUGUCACUAGAGAGGGCAAGGGAGGAUGACUGCAGAGGCUUUUUAAAGGACUUAGAAGCACUUAACCCGAGUAUAUUUUCAAAGACUGAUGCCCUGAAUGUAACCCUUUUAAAGAAAGAACUUUCUACAUUUGUUGAGGGGCUAAAACAUAAAAGCUACCUGAUGCCAUUUAGCAACUUGGAAGGACAGCACCUAGAGUUGGCCCGGACAAUAGGCUGGAUGAAGUGCAAUGAUUUAAAAGACUUUGAAAAGCUGUUCUCUAGGCUAGAGGCUAUACCAUGUCAAAUUUCACAGUUUAUUGACCUAAUGAAGGAAGGGAUAAAAACCCAACGGUUACCUCCUCGGAUCACAGUGAAUAAUGUCCCAGGGCAGAUCCAGAGCUUUCUUGACCUCAAGUUUGAAGACAGCUCAAAGCUUUUUAUGCCUUUCAAGAACAUUCCUGAAUCAUUCACAGAGAAAGAAAGACAAUUCAUCAAAGGGAAAGUAUCCCUUAUAGAGGAUACAGUAAAACCAGCAUUCAGACAGCUACAAACCUUUUUUACUGAGGAGUAUCUUCCAGCAUGCCGAGAAUCUAUUGCACUAACUGAGCUGCCUGGUGGAAAGGACUAUUAUCAGCAGUGCUUGGAUUUUCAUCUCACGUGCCAUAUGAGUCCAGAGGAAAUCCAUCAAGUGGGGCUCAGAGAGGUGGAGAGAAUAAGGACCCGAAUGGCCCAGGUUGCAAAAGAGACAGGCUUUAAAGGGACUCUGGAUCAAUUCAUUUCUCACCUCAGAGAGGACAGGAAACAUUACUUCAAAGAUAAGGAGGAUCUGUUGAAGGGCUAUCGUCAUCUUUGUUUCAACAUCAUCACCCCAUUGCUACCAAAGUUAUUCAAGAAUUUACCCAAGGCAACGUUUGAGAUCUGUGAGGUACCUGAGGAAUCAGCCCCUAAUUUUCCUGGAGCAUUUUAUUUGGCACCUCCAGAAGAUGGCUCUCGCCCGGGAACGUUCAUGGUCAACACUUACAAACAUGAGGAGAGACCAAAGUUUGAGAUGCCAAGUCUAGCGCUACACGAAGCUGUGCCCGGCCACCACCUACAGGCCGCCGUGGCGCUUGAAAGUGACAAGCAGCCUAGCUUUCGAAGAAACCUAGAGGAUCGGUUAUAUUACCUGGCGCCUGGAAGAUUUGCUAUAAACACUGGAUACGUUGAGGGCUGGGGGCUGUACUGCGAGUAUCUCGGAGAGGAACUGAAGCUCUACACGGAUCCUUAUGAUAUGUUCGGUCGACUUUCUCAUGAGAUGCUGCGGUCAUGUCGUCUUGUUGUGGACACAGGAAUGCACGUCUUAGGAUGGUCACGUGAUCAAGCUGUGGAGUUUAUGACCAAGAACACCGCCAUGUCGGUUCAUGACGUCAAUGCUGAGGUCACGAGGUACAUCACGUGGCCAGGGCAGGCGUGCGGCUACAAGAUUGGAGAGUUAAAGAUACUGGAACUCAGGGAAAAAGCGCGCAAGGAACUGGGGGAGAAAUUUGACAUCCGUGACUUCCAUGAGGUAUUUCUGUCUCUCGGCCCAGUCCCACUGGCCGUGCUAGAAGAUGCUGUGUCAGAGUAUAUAAAGUCAACAAAGUGAACAAUAUUUCAUCAAUAGUGCUUAUGGAACAUUAUGGUAGCUUUAAUAAAAAUAAUAAUUCAAAUAAA